AUGGCGAUCAAUACAUCGCGCUCGCAAUCCGGCAUUGAUCUAACCCUCAAGAUUCUUCAAUUCGUCAAGCAGCUUCGCAGGCGUCUCAGGCCCGGCCCGGCACCUGUCGACUAUGCUGCUAUUCUUGGUAACCAGAUCUGCGCUAGUCUGGACAUGAAGAAGUUCCGAAUGCUCCAAAGGGAGCGGCCGCAGUCAAGCUCGCAUAAUCGAAAGGCCAUUCUUGCUGCAAAUCGUGUUUGCAAGGACCAAAACAAGCGGAAAUCCCGUCCAUCCCUGAAACUACGGAUCCAAGGCAAGGAUCAGCACUCGCUUCGAAACAAUUCUGGGAUAAAGGUGCAACAGACGCUUGACUCCAUCGAUACCAAGAUCAGCUUUGGCGGGAGCCCAUUAUCCGCUGUUGCUGGUGAUAGCAAGCUUUUCGUCAAACAGAAGGCGGAAUUCAAUUUCGAAACGUACUCCCUAAACCAGGUGGCUCAGCUGCUGAUAGCCGUCCAUGAUGCAAUCAACGUCCUCCAAAGCUGCCGAGCGCAAUUCGACGACGAAUGGCUCGUGGCGCAAGGUCUCGAUGCAGGGAUCAACUUUGAUGCAGUCUUCUUGGCCAACUACGAGCAUCUGCUCAUGAGGCUGUAUUCACAGCUGGUGACUGCAUUAUCCCGCAAGGCGCUUGAUCUGUUGCUUCUUGGUGGCUACGACAAAAAGCAACACAGACUGCUAAGCUGGUUCACCGAAUUCUCCGACAAGCCUCGGCCGCUGUCAACGUCCCUUGACAUCAAGCCCUCGCUGGCUGUGCUGUGGGGUGUCUGUUGGAUGUUUUAUGCGGAUAACCAGGCAAACAACGGUCGAGUGCCGCGUGAUGCAGUUCUGCAGCACGUCGAUCUGGCGGGAUGGCGGGCACCCGAACCAACAGAGUACAUGAAUUUUGGGUUGGAGCUUAUUGGCACGCAGCCGCAACCGGCAGCGCCGCAGCGCCCCCAGCUUGGCGGUAACGUGGGCCUCAGCAGUGCUAUGGACCUGAGGUUGCGAAACGCGGAAACCUGGAUGCCGGCCGAUUUGGAAUCUGGCGUUCCCCAGGCUCGCCAAGGUGUAUCACGUGUCGGGGGUAGCCGAUCGGGCCUGCAGGGAUUAGCUGGCCUGGGUACUUAUUACCCUGACUUCCCAGCCACCUCGCCAGUAGAUCUAGAUAAUUCCAACCUUAGUAAUUUGCUGCCCGAUAUCCAAGGCAGCGCCACCGCCCUAACCGUCUUUCCCCAGCACUUGGACCACAACUUCGACAACCCUUGGCAGCAGCCGUUUCCGCCCAAUUCUUUGCCACAGAGGACUGCGCGUCAUCUGACGACCAGUAUACCGAGCGUGCGAGUCACCGGGAGCGCGGAAAGCGAAGGCUACGCUGCGCCACAUUCAGAUUUCGCGUCCUUUGAUUUAUUCUCAUCCUCUACCCAACCGCCUCAGGCCCCCUCUAUCAACGUCAACACCGACUUUUCCGACUUCAUCAUGGGAAACACUACCAUCUCUGAGCACCCUCCAGCACACGGCUUCUCGGCACACAGACACGAGCGCACGUCUUCUCUUAAUUCUAAUUCUAACAUGCCUACGCCGGUGAGCAUGGCCGGCUCUCAUUCGCCGCUAUUGUCGCCUGCAGAGGAUCAUCGAAGAUAUUCUGUCGCCAGCUCCCAAGGCCCUAUCCGACAACAAUCCGAGGAAACAUCUUCUCAAGGCGAUCCUGAUGAUGUUGAUUCACUCCGGAGAAACCAUGCGUACAAAAGAUCCGAGGAACCACCGAAGAAUCAGGAUGGGAAGAUGAUAUGCAAGCACAGUGAAUGUGCUGGUCAAACAUUCGAUCGCAAGUGCGAGUGGAGUAAACACAUGGACAAGCAUGACCGCCCUUACAAGUGCAACGUCAAAGGGUGCGAGAAGCUACAAGGCUUCACGUACAGUGGCGGGCUCUUACGCCAUGAGCGCGAGGUGCACAAGAUGCACGGCGGCACCAGAAAGUCCCUCUUCUGCCCCUUCGCCGACUGCAAGCGCAGCUCAGGUUCCGGCUUUACGCGGAAGGAGAACCUUGCAGAGCACAUCCGUCGUGUGCAUCGUCGGACAAGCAUGUCUGCCGACCUAGGCCACCUCAUCAUUCCCCGGGAGCAAAGGCAAUCAAGCCUCUCUGCAGAUGUCCGACUUCCUUCGGAGUCGCACGCAAACGCCUAUCUGAAGUCAACAUUCCUGAAGACGAUCGCGAUAGCGAUCUUCGCUCCCGAAGUCAAGCGGCUACGCCGAGAGAACGAGGAAAAGGAUGCCAGACUGCGUCAACUGGAAGCAGCAGUCAUGGCGCUCCAGCAACGCCGAUAA